AUGAUCAUGGCCGCGCGGCCCUUUACCUCCACAGUCCCUAGCAGCUCUGUGCAAGUCGCGGCGGUAGUCGCGCUGGUCCUCGCGCUGUCCGCCGCGAGUACGAGGCCCGUCGCGGCGUCGUUCUGCGCCGACUACGUGAAGGCCUUCAAAUCCCCCGAGCUCGCAUCCGUGGAUGACAUCGUCCUCACCGCGUACACGUGCCGGUGGUACGAGAUCGGGUCGACGGCAGGGUUCCGGUUCACGUUCGAGCUGGGGCUGACGUGCACCACGGCCAACUACACGGCCAAGGGGUUGGUCAACGGCCGCAACAAAGUCAACAUCGCUCUCCCGCGUCGCUCGCAGAUCUUCACUACCUCUUUAAACGCCAAUCGCAUUGCCAGCAAUCUCAGGAUCGUCUGUGGAGUCGCCAACACCGCCGCUACAGCGAGCGCUCAAGCACAUACCCUCCUCUCCGCAAAUACCGCCACAAACCGCAGCGUUGAAUCCCUCGCUGCAGCCGAUAAACUCGCCGCGUUCGCCACGUCGGUGUCGUCUGAUGCCGAGAUGAUUGACAAUGCGCUGAGGGAUUUUCAGACGGAGGCCGACAAGCUGAACAAACGCGGGCAGGCCAAGGGGUUCAGCGGCGCCAAGGGCAAGAUGCUCAAGUCCAUCUCCAACAUCCAGGGGGCCGCCGGGCGAAUUCUCCAAGCGGCUUUCACCGGGAAGACCGCGGCACAGGGGUUGUCUGGAGCGCUGAGAGCCAUGGGUGGGCAAGGCGCAGAGACCGCUGCGAACGGGGUACCGGCUGUUACGCUGCUCCUCGCGCUUUCUGCGCUGACACCCGCCUCCGCGUCGUUCUGCGCCGACUAUCUUCGGGCCUUCAAAUGCCCCAAGCUCGCGUCCUUCGACACCGUUGACAUUUCGGCUUACACGGGUCGGUGGUACGAGGUGGCGUUGACGGCGCGGUUCCACUACGAGAGGGAGGUGGGGCUCACGUGCACCACGGCGGAUUACACGCCCGAUGGGACUGUCAACGGGCAGAAGCGAAUCAAGGUGCUCAACCGUGGCAAGCGCAGCAUUGCCUUCGCGCGGCAAGCACAGGUUCUACUGUCCUCGACUAACGCUGGCCGCAUCGCCACCAACCUCGGGAUUGUCUGCCGAGUCGCAUACAACGCAGCCAAAGCGAGUGCGCUGGCCCAGGCCCUCCUUGCCGCCAACGCCUCCGCGGAUGCCGCCACAAGCAGCGUCAGCGCAACCUCAGGCCCGCUCGCAGCAGCCAAUGAGCUUGCGGCAUCUCUCGCCUCUGUAUCGUCUGACGCGGAGAUCAUAGACAACGCCGCGAGGGACUUUCAGACGGCGAUGAGUGCGAUGAAUGAGCGGCCGAAGCCCAAGGGAUUCAGCGGCGCCAAAGGCAAGAUGCUCAAGUCCAUCUCCAACAUCCAGGGCGCUGCUGGGCGGAUCUUCCAGGCGGGGUUCACUGGGAGGACCGCAGCGAAGCAGCUCAGCGGAGUGCUGCAGUCCUUGGGCAAACAGGACGCCAAGACUGCUGCCAAUGGGCUGCAGGCGUUUGUGCGAAACACGAGGCUGCUGUUUGCAUCCAGCAGCAUAAGCAGGCUUGCCACCGCCAUGGUUCCUGUUGUGCUCUCCAUGGUGCCCUCCCCCAUCUCCCGCGUGGGUCAGGGCGGCUUCCCACGCGCCAAGGCCAUCCAGAGCAAGACCAAUGCUGGCAAAUUGUUCGUAAUAUUCUAUGGUAGGAAGUCAAAAGAGCCCAACUACAUCAUCUCAGACUUGCAAGGAGACGCUUCCAGUGGCUACAGCCUUGCCACCGUUUAUACCUGCUAUAAGGAAAAGACAACUGUUUGGCUUCUGUCUCGCACCCCCAAUGUGGCGCAAUCCGAUAUUGAUGCUGCUUUGGGCCUGCUCGCGACGCUAUUGCCACCAGCAGCGCUGGCACAAGACGUGUCGCCCAGCGAUGGCUCCGACGACGUACCCUUCUGCGAGAAAUUCGUCGAAGAUUCAUCCCCAAAGUGCCCAAACGUUGAGACCGUGCCGAACCUCAACAUGGGCAAGUUCCUGGGCAAGUGGUACGAGAUCGGUGCGACGGCGCUGGGCAAGUUUCAGAGCAAGGGCGAGCUGGGAAUCGCGUCCAUAACCUACACCUACAGCACCGCCAAGAAGGGAAAGUCCCGCGGCGCUCUCAGCUUGACGCGCCAGGGCGUGGUGGCGGUGAUGCCGAUGCGGCGCAGCCAGGUCGCCGCAAUCUCCGCCGCCACCACCGUUCUCGCGCAGCAGCUGCGGGCCGUGUGCGGCACGGUGUCGUCAGUGCGCACGAAGCAGCAGCUGAGCACGUCGUACCUCACGCUCGGUUCCGAAGAGCUCCCGGUCGACGUGAAGCAGUCCGUAUCAUACGGCCUUGGGAAUAUCGAGGGCGCGGUGGCGGACGUGUCACGGCGCGCAAAGACGCUCUGGGCGGAGCUGGACGACGUGCAGCGCGCCAAUGCGCAGUUGAAUCAGCGUGACUCCUUCGCGCUGGUGGCGCGGAUGAAGAGCGCGUUGCGGAGCGCGUCAAGCGCUAUUCAGGGGGCGGCGAAGGGGAUCGACGCUAAGCGGAACGAAAUGUACUCAAUCGCUGCCAUGAACCGCGUGAUUGUAGGCGGCGUGACUGCAGCGCAGGGCAGCGCCAAGGGGAAGGAAACAAUAUCCCUGGCGAUGGCGAACGUCAUGACCGAGUGCCAGAACGGUAGCGCCUUCUCGCAGCGCGUGGCGGCGCUGGCCUCCGCCACGCGCUCUCUGUCGCCCCUCGUGUCCAGCCUCUUCAGCAGCCCCAGCCCUGCUAUUUACACCACACGCACCACUGCCACCGCCGCUCUCAAACUCACCUCCGAGGCUGGGAAGAUGAUCCAGCAGUAUCAGGGCGUGCAGACAGACCACUGGAUAAUUGGACUGUGGGGCAAUUCUGCUAAGGGGUACUCCCAUGCACUUGUGUACUCGUGCUACCAGUCCACGCCAGGCUUAUCAUCAGAUCAAGAUGGCCAGGUCACUGUCCGGCUCCUUUCUAGGACGCCUAAACUUCCCGAGGCGUCCAUUAAUGAAGCAUUAAAGCUUCUAUCUGACAAAAAUAUUGAUUUAAGUGGACCUAAUCCUUUUACAUUCACGUUCACGCACUUCUGCCGAUUCGGAUACACUUUCUUUGUCCAUAACACGAACAUGGGCGCUCAGAGGAACGUGAAGGUAGCCGUGGCGGUGGACGGCAGCGACAACAGCAUGCACGCGCUGCGAGAGGCGGUGCGGCUCUUCGCGCGCACGGCCAAGGAGUUCCACAUCAUGCACGCGCACAAGCCGCCGAAUGAGUUCCGCACGGACUCACUGUUCUCAUGGCAGGAGUACUACCAGCGCAUGGAGCAUGAGAGGCAUGCCAAGGCGCAGCAGCUGCUGCAGAAGUGUGCUGCCGUGGUGAGGGAAGAGGGUGGGAAGCUGGGGAUGGACGAGGGCGUGGCGGUGAGUGGCGUGGAUCUCAAGGGCGACCCUCGGGAUGUGCUGGCCAGCCACGUGCAGAGGGUUGAUGCGGAUCUGAUGGUCAUGGGGACACGUGGCAUGAGCCUGCUCAAACGCAUGGCCCUUGGGAGUGUGAGCUCGCACUGUGUGCACCAUGCUCCUUGCCCAGUGCUGGUUGUUCCAUUGAAAGCAGAUGCAUCUCACGAGUCAUUAUCAGCACCCAAAGCAAGGCCGUCGAGCUCGUUCCGCGACGUGACAUUGCUCGAGACGCCUCUCCUCAAGGACCACCCGAACAGCGGCUCGCAGACUGCACCGAGGCGCCAGAACUCCGUGGGACCCACCGUCCGCAUUCUUCGCUUCGGGUUCGGCCAGAGCCGGGAGCAGUCAUGGCUCUCGCAGCUCAACCCCUUCGCGUCGCUCCGCUUCUCCGCGUCGCUCGCCGGCACGUGGCAGCUGGUGCGCGACGCCGUGCCGUGCCUGGAUUGGCUACUGUCGUACGACGUGCGGCGCGACCUGAAAGGCGACAUGGUGGCGGGGCUGUCGGUGGGUUUCAUGAUCAUCCCGCAAGGCAUGGCUUACGCGCGCGUCGCGGGCCUGCCGUCCAUAUACGGUCUCUACACCGGCUUCGUACCGUGCCUUGUGUAUAGCAUAUUCGGCAGCUCGCGGCAGCUGGCGCUGGGUCCCACGUCGCUCGUGUCGCUGCUCGUGAACGAAGCCAUCAAGCAGAUGGCGGACCCGGACUCGCACGACCCAGCGGAGCAGCGCCUCUACCUGGGCCUCACGCUGCUCCUCUCGCUCAUGCUCGGCGCGCUGCAGCUGCUCGCAGGCCUCCUACGCCUCGGCUGGGUCGUGCGCUUCCUCUCGCACGCCGUGGUCUCAGGCUUCAGCAGCGGCGCGGCGAUCAUGCUGGGGCUCAUGCAGAUGCGAUACUUCUUAGCUGCCUGCUGCCCGCUCUUUCGCCUGCGCGCCCACUGCACGCUCCACCCCCAUCCUAGCGCCCUGUUCCCCCCUUUCCCCCUUCCCACUUUCCUCCCCCCCUUCCCCGCUUUCCCCCCCCCCCCUCCUUCCCCCCUCCCCCAGCAUCUAGGCAAGCGCCACAAGCGCCUGCGCAUCCUCCGUACACUGGGUCCCAUCCUGGCAGCAGCCAUGGGCACAGCCGCCAUCAACCUGCUGCGCAACCCCUGGCGCAUCCGCGUCACCCCUCCCCUCUCCCCCGGUUCUCCCCCCAUCCUCCUCCGUCCCCCCCCCCCCCCACCACAGCACCUGGGCAAGCGGCACAAGCGCCUGCGCAUCCUGCGCACACUCGGCCCCAUCCUAGCAGCGGCCAUGGGCACGGCGGUCAUCUACCUGCUGCGCAACCCCUGGCACAUCCGUGUCACGGGGCAGGUGCCCUCGGGGCUCCCCUCCGCCUUCUCCACGUUCCCCUGGGCGCGCUGGCGCGAGCUGGUCUCCCCCGCGCUGGUCAUCGCCAGUGCAGCGUAUCUGGAAACGAUUGCGAUCGCCAAGACGCUCGCUGCCAAGAAUGGGUACUCCGUGGACGCCAACCAGGAACUCGUGGGUAGGUUGGUGGGGGGUAAAGGAGGGGAGGAGAGGCUGGCUGGGGAGAGCGAGUGGGCUGGGGAGAGCGAGUGGGCUGGGGAGAGCGAGUGGGCUGGGGAGAGCGAGUGGGCUGGGGAGAGCGAGUGGGCUGGGGAGAGCGAGUGGGCUGGGGAGAGCGAGUGGGCUGGGGAGAGCGAGUGGGCUGGGGAGAGCGAGUGGGCUGGGGAGAGCGAGUGGGCUGGGGAGAGCGAGUGGGCUGGGGAGAGCGAGUAG